AUGCCGCAACGGUUCAGACUCGGUGGUGUGACAACGAGUGCACUAGACAAUGAUUAUGACAUUCAAAUCACGAUGCGCUGUUUUGGCGGCGUCAUGAAUAUCAGCUACUCGCUCCAAAACAUCAAGUCUGACGGGCUUCGGAACCAAUAUCUGGACAACUGGCAUGCGCUAGAAACUGACGAUGGAGCCCAAUGGGACCGGACCACCAAGCAGCUGGUGGAGCCCUUUCAGUCGAUAAUGACCGAUUUGGCAGGUAAACUCCCAGUUCCGCCAAGCGACCUCCUUUCAGAUUAUCUGUACCCAAAGCACUACGCCUUUGAAGCCAGAGCAGCUGCAGGGGAUGAGAAAGUCGCUCCCUUUUUCAUAGGGGAGACCCCCAAGGAGGAUAUGGUCCCUCCUGGACAGUACAUUCCGCAAAUUUCGGGUCAGCUGCAACAACUUUUCGAGCUUGGCAGCUGGGUGUCCAGCAUCUAUUCAUCACGUCAAACGCGCAUUAUUCCCAGUUUCUCGACUCGAGCAGGCGAGCCACGCCUCGCCCGCCCUGCCAGGGUCUUAGCAGGCGGCCAUGAAUACUUCUUCAAGCCCUGGCACGGUGGUAACGGCCCUGGGAGCGCGAACCUAUCCGAGCUGGCCACAUACAGACGAAUCGCCGAGUCUACGGCAGCUGGACGGAUCCGGUCAGACCUGCGGAUCUGUCGUAUGCACGGAGUCGUGGUCGAUGACGAUGAGGAUACGUGGCCCGUCAGCGAGGAAGGGGGCUCGCGUUUGCUUGGGAUUCUAUUGACUUGGGUCGAGACGAACCAGAAACCUUGGCUGGAGACGCUGUAUCACAGAGCGAGUAGCACAGUCGCCACCCCCGACGUCCUCUCGAGCUGGUCCGACCAGUUGGAUACUCUUAUCGCAGAGAUACACAGGGUCGACAUCGUCUGGGGGGACGCCAAACCACACAAUAUCCUGGUUGACAGGAGUGGCUUUAUCUGGCUUAUCGACUUCGGAGGCAGCUAUACCGACGGCUGGGUCGAUAGAAAGAACAAGGGAACGAAAGAGGGCGAUUCACAGGGGGUCGAGAGAAUCAAAGCGUUCCUAAGUAAACGUGCUACGACAUCCUAG